GCCAACGCAUCCACCCCCGUCUUAUCAUCCGCCAAUUGCACAAAAAAAGGGAGAAUACAACAUCUGAUACAAGAACCUCAAUCUCCAAUUCCGACCAUCAUACCCCUUCACCUCCUACUCCAACCACCAUCCAAUUGCUGUUUGUCGGCGCUGAAAUCCGGGGAAGCUUGGGGAUCUCGUGCGGUCCGCUCCGAUCAUCCUCACUAAUCAAUCAACAUUCGCCUCCCUUUUUUUGAACUCAACUACCGACCGGUCCCAGCGCCGUCCGAAGCGGAGGACCGUCUUCAAAGCUGGAGCAACCACCGUUGAUACUCGCGCGAUACCUCCAGGAGAAGCCACCGCCGGUAUACGUCGAUCGCAAGCUCCCUGUCAGCUCUCAUGAAGGACAGGCUCGGUUCGAGGCUUCGGAUCUCACCAUGUCGGACUCUGUGGAUCGAGUCUUCGUCCAUGCCCUCAAUACCGUCAAACGCAUCCCGCGGACGGGCACCGCGAGACCGCCUGCCGCGGAGAGACUGAAGCUUUAUGGGUUGUACAAACAGAGCAUGGAGGGCGAUGUGGAGGGCGUCAUGGACCGACCCGUCGGGAACACCGCAGACGUCUACGCGGAGUGCGAGAAAUGGGACGCAUGGUACGCCCAGCGCGGGCUCUCCCGCACGGAGGCCAAACGGCGCUACAUCUCCACCCUCAUCGACACAAUGCAUCGCUACGCUUCGCAGACCCCCGAGGCGCGCGAGCUCGUCGCGGAGCUCGAGUUCGUCUGGGACCAGAUCAAGUCGAAUGCCUCGUCCUCGUCGUCGUCGAGCCCCAUGCAGAAUGUGGGCUAUCGGGGCCAGUUGGCCCGUCCGAUCUACGAGGAUAUUAUUGCUACCGCGCGGGAUAAUCACAGUCGGGAGCGGAAUCCUGGAGAUCCCAGAUUGCGUGUCCUCAGCCCAGUAAGUCAGCCUGAUGGGCUGUAUGAGCGGCGCGGGAACAGGGACGUUGCAGAUGAGGAGGCACAAGUACCAGAAGAGGAGGAUGAAGAGGACGAUGAGGAGGAAGAGUAUGAGGAGGCUCAGGAUACCAUUUAUGAGGAUGAUGACGACAACGACAACAACAACAGCAACAACCAAAGCCAGCAGAACAGCCACAGAUUCGAUGAUGAUCCCGACGAAGCGCAGUCCCGAGGGCGAACGCGAGGAUUGCAACCAGCGACAGCAGCAGGGGACAAGAAUCACCGCGUUGUAAGCUCCGGCGAGCGCGACCGCCGAUGGCGACGGAGGGUCGAGCAGGCAUUGACCAAGAUGACCGCCGAGAUCGCCGCGGUGCGUGAGCAGAUGGAGGCGCGGGCGCUGGCAAGCCGUCGCCGGUCUGCGAUCUGGACCUGGCUGAAGUGGAUUGUCUGGGUGACUUUGCGGCAGAUCAUCUUCGAUCUAGCAAUCUUGGGCAUGGUCCUGAUCUGGAUGCGGAUAAAGGGCGACCGACGACUCGAGGAGAAGCUCAAAGUCGGGUGGUCGGAGGUGAAGACUCGCCUGGCCAAACUCAAGUCCCUGCGACGGUUUCCCGGACUAGAUAUCGCCUGAUUGACCGGGACCGUCGCGUACCUUUCUUUUUCUCUAGUACAUAUUUGUGUUGAAUUUCUUAUGUCUCCAUCACAUGGGUUCUCAUCCUGUCAGGCGUGCUGAUUUUCUCUCCUUCGUUUUGGACCUUUUCCUUCUUGUAUCAUUGACGGUUGGAUAUUCUAAACAUACAGGACUUCCUUGAGCAGGUGUCGAUGGCUUGAAGUACGCAUGCAUCCGAGGGGUAUACUGUAUUCUAAUGCAUACUAGACGCAUCCAUUAUGUAGCAUCAACCUGGAGUACUUCAG